AGCGCCUGGAACGGACCUUCCAGACACGGGGAAUCAAACCCAGAAACAAAAUCGAUGAUAGAAAAAUCCAAACUCUGAAACUUCCCUGUUGUUGUGCAGACCCCCAUUUUAGGAUUUUGUUCUUUUUUGGGGUUGAUGGGGCGAAUGAAAUGUAAUUCGAAAGAUUGUGUUCCGUUCAGUGCUUAUUGUGAAGGUAAAAACAGGCCAGACCUGAUGAAUGGAGCGUGAUCCCGAUCCCCCCACCCCCGGCUCGUGACCGCAGGUCUCGGCCUCGGCCUCAGCUGCCACAAUGCGGGUCAAGGUUAAGCGAUGGAACGCUAUCGCUACCUGGUUCUGGGUGGCUAACGACGAGAAUUGUGGCAUCUGCCGCACGGCGUUUAACGGCUGCUGCCCGGACUGUAAAGUUCCAGGAGAUGACUGCCCAUUGGUGUGGGACCAAAAGACACGAUAUCCAUAUCUAUCAUUAGGCUUCCUUCAACUUCAACGCCAGAGUAUCUGGAAUAAGCAAUUUGACGACAUCAGCGAGAGUGGAUUGUGCAUGGAAUGGCAGCAGCCACUCGACCGUCAGAGGUGGUAAUGGGAUCAGAGGCAGCAGCCUCUAAGGCUCUUCUAGGAGAUCAGAGGAGGCAGUGGGAGCAGGCCUUUCAUGUAAUGGUAGCAGCCCCCUGGCCGUCCUGGCAAUUGGAUGGAGCAGCAACAAUAAGAUGGCUCCUCCCAGCAUUUGGAGGCAGUGGCGGCAAAGGUCUGCUGUUGAUCGGAGGUGCGGUGACAUCGUCAGCAGUAACAAGAAUGUGGCUCCUAGACUGCAAGGCCUAGACUGCAGGGUGUGGAUGGGCCCAGGUGCCUGCAUUGGUCGCUAAACUUUCUAAGCACCUUUAUGGAGAGAAGACUUUAAACUUUAAGAUCUGAACAUUUUCUUACCUUCUGGCUCUUUUUCAGUUGUUUUUUUAAAAUUCUGGUUUUGUAACUAAGAUGGUGCCAGAGAAUGGUGAUUUUGUAUUGUGCACUUUUCACUGGACUCAUGUACUCCUUUACUUGAGUACACAUGACAAUAAAAUCUAAUUCCAAUUCUAUCCAUUGAGAAAGUAAUAUAGCUGUUCCUCCAAGACUGGAGAAUUAUGAUGAACUCCCUGACAGAACAGGGAAAAGCAAACUGGUAGCUAUUACUCAUAGCUACCGUUCAUACAGGAAGCACAGCAGGGUGGAAAGUAAUCUUACCUGUAGCACAAUAAUUGCAGAACAAAGAAAGGAAAAAAUGAUUAAGGAACAAUUGAAAAGAAGUAAGACUGUCUCAUAAACAUACUUUAUUUUCUGGUUUCACCCACUAACCAUAAAACUGUCAACAGUUUAGGAAAAUGUAGGAAACAUUUAAUGUUUAAAUGUUAAGUGUUAUUUAACUAGAUCAUAUGUUUGGAUCUCUUGAAAACAUCAGUCAAGGAAAGGUAGAUUGGGUGACUGCUUCGCAGAACAGCUAUGUUCUAUUCGCAAAAAAAGAACCUGAGCUUCCAGUUGCCUGCUACUUCAGCCCACUACUUUGGUCCCUGGCCAACACCUCUGUCUCUAGCUUGCUGAAGUGCUAUAGCAAAGCUGGACGAACAGCAUCUCAUUUUGCACUUGGGAAUUCUACAGCUUUCUGGACUCAAUGACGAGUUCAACAACUUUAUGGCUUGAGCUCUCCCAUAUCCUUACCCCAGAUCUGACACAACAGACCCUUUUAUCACAUAGUCUGCUAUGACACACAACCCAUUGUUAGUCACUAAUAGUCCCCAUUAUAGCUAUUCAUUCUUCUAGGCUGAUUGUUAUCCACUUCUUUGUCUGUUCAACUGUUCAUCUUUCCCUUUGGGCUCUAUCUUCACCUAUCGUUUACUCCUAAACCUCUCCCCCCACCUCCAUUGUCUUCUGUAUAAAAACCAACCUUUUCCUAGCU